AAUGAAGAACCCUACACAAAAAUAAUUAUGCGGUUUGCGUCUGAAUAUGUUGCCGGAAAAGUAGUGAGCAUAAUUGAAGAACGUUACAAACAUGAGUUAAAGUGCUUUGUUAAAUCAAGUUCAUCAGAAAGUGCAUUCAGUUCACUCCGUGGUGCCUUAUUCGAAGAGAUUGCGCAUAGAAUUUUACGAAAAGGGGGCAGAUUCAAAAUUCGACCUUUAGACACCAACUCUAAAGAUUUGAACAUUAAAAUUCCGGAGCUAGAAAUGUGUUUUUAUUCUAAAAUUGUUGAGAUUGAAGCGAACAAGUACUAUCGGCCCAUUCAAAAGAAUUGGGAAUCCGUUGACGCGAUUAUUUCUCCAGAUAUACUCUUCCAAAUGACUGUAGGAAAUACACAUCCAAUUAAGAUGAAUGGGCUAGAUAAACUUUGUGAUAAAUUAGGCGGUAAAUCGGGGAAUAAUAAAAUCAGCUUUUAUUUUGUUCUACCAAGGGACCAGUAUGCCAAUUUCAAAAAACAACCUUUUCACACA